UUCUCCAAUUAUAGUUGGUUUGCAAAAUCAAAAUGACAACUUCUGGGAUAUUGGGACAAUGGCCCCUACUUGCAUUUACUUUGGCAAUUUGCUUAGUAGCAACUACUGUUGUUGCUGAUUACUCUUAUGGCUACACUUCUCCCUCGCCCUCUAAGUACUACAAAUCACCAUCGCCGUCAAAGUACCAUGCCCAUGUAACGGUCUCUUACAGACAUUAUCCUUCACACUAUUACAAGUCGUCUUCGCCAUCAAAGUACCAUAGCCAUUCACCAAACGUUUACAAAUCACCUCUACCUUUGAAGCAUGAAUAUUACAAAGCACCAAAACCAACAAAAUAUUACAAAUCGCCUCUACCUUUGAAGCACGAUUACUACAAAGCACCAAAACCUACAAAAUAUUACAAAUCACCUCUACCUUUGAAGCAUGAUUACUACAAAGCACCAAAACCAACAAAAUAUUACAAAUCUCCUGCUCCUUCAAAGUACAACUACAAGUCACCGUCGCCGACUAAGUAUUACAAGUCACCUACUCCUUCAAAGCACUACUACUAUAAGUCACCAUCACCAGCAAAAUAUUACAAAUCACCUGCUCCAUCGAAAUACAACAAGCCAGUACCACCAACAAAAUAUUAUAAGUCACCAGUUUACUACAAGUCUCCACCACCACCAGCUUAUUAUGAGAAAUCGCCUUCUUAUUACAAGUCACCUCCACCCCCUCCAAAAUACUAUGAACAUUUACCCUCCUAUUACAAAUCUCCCCCACCUCCACCAAAAUACUACGAGCAGUCAUCGUCUUCUUACAAAUCUCCCCCACCUCCACCAAAAUAUUACGAGCAGUCACCUUCAUACAAGUCUCCACCUCCACCACCAAAAUACUACGAGCAAAUACCUCCAACUUACAGUGCACCACCUCUACCAAAAAUCUCUGAACAAUUACCAUCAUAUUAUAAUUCACCACCACCACCAUCGACAAACUACAAUAAGCAAACUUCUACCUAUGCAUCAACUCCCCCACUUGAAAAGUACGAUCAAUCUCCCACCUACAGUUCACCUCCACCUCCAUUACCGUCACCUCCACCAACCUACUACUAAUUAAUAUUCAAGUCAUUCGCCUCCAAAAUAGCUAUCAUUUCCUUGCUUUCAACUUCUUAGCAAACACUUGUUUGGAGCGUCUCCCAUUAUUGUUCUACCUCAGUCCUAAACUACAUGUAUGCUUACAGAAAUGAUCAUCUUUCAUUGGUGUUAUUUUACAAUUUGUAUUUGAUAUCUAAUUAAGAUUAUUGAGAGCUAUAUUGAUUCGGCUCAUUGUAUUAAGCUCUUUUUGAAUUUAAUCUCUUGAGAAUU